CUUGUUGGCGCAUGCGCAGUUCUGAAUAGUGAUUCGGCGCUGAGUAGCUAGCUUCUAGUCAGAUCUGCGUUUUCUGUGCUCUCACUCACUUCUCGUACACAGUUACCGUUUAACAGCUGGUCGUUUCUACCGAGCGGAACUAACGUGACCGAGGCGUGAAAGAAUAUGCCCAAAAAUAAAGGUAAAGGAGGUAAAAAUCGGCGACGUGGAAAGAACGAGAAUGAGUCGGAGAAGAGGGAGCUGGUGUUCAAGGAGGAUGGACAGGAAUACGCUCAGGUGAUUAAAAUGCUGGGGAACGGGCGACUGGAGGCGAUGUGCUUCGAUGGAACCAAGCGGCUUUGCCACAUCAGAGGAAAACUCCGGAAAAAGGUCUGGAUUAACACGUCGGACAUCAUCCUGGUCGGGCUGAGGGAUUAUCAGGACAACAAAGCUGACGUCAUCCUCAAGUACAACGCAGACGAGGCUCGCAGUUUGAAAGCGUACGGCGAGCUGCCGGAGCACGCCAAAAUCAACGAGACAGACACAUUCGGGCCCGGAGACGACGACGAGAUCCAGUUUGAUGACAUUGGUGAUGACGAUGAGGACAUUGAUGAUAUCUAACGACCUGCCGCCGGAGGGGGGAGGUGGGAUUUUACUAGAGAUGCUCCGAUUGGGAUCUUUGAGCCGAACACAGCGCACCGAAAAUAAUUAUUUUUAUUAAGAUCAGCCUAUGCCAAUCCUAUACAGUUUAUUAAUAUACAGUGUGUUUAAUCCAGCUUGUUUAACAUCAGUAGACGUCUUUGUUGUUUGGAGAACAUUAAGUGCAUUUCACACGGGGGGGGCUCACCAUCAGUAUUUUGGUUUGUUAGAUGAGAUGCUGCUUUAGAGGGACCUUCUCAGUUAUCGGACCGAGCGGCCACGGCGAGCUGCCUGGUGACCACUGAUGAUGACGGUGACGCCGACAGGUUGCUUUUCCCGCCUUCUCGGAGAAUCGGAGCUGAUCGACAGCAUCGUUAGUUUAGGGUGAACAUCUGGAGCGUUGCUAGAUUUUUACCUUUUUGUUUCCAGCGGCAGCAGAAAAGGGCGAAUCUGCCGUCUCGUUUGUGGAGCUUUCUCCAGUUUUUCCUGAAUUUUACACACACACAAAAACACACUUGUUGUCUCAUCACUGCAGAAUCACUCACACCAAAUGCAUGUUCUCUUUUAAAAUGUAUUUAUAUUCAUUUCACUCUGUGGAAUUAUAAACAAGUACAGAAUCUCUGGAUUCGCCAAUAAAAACAUGAAGCAGUUUUUGAUGUGGAAGCUGUUUGAUGGCAGAAGGAAGGCGGAGCCAUCCGCCGUGGCUUUUUUUGUUUUGUUUUGUUUAUUCCCGCCGCCGCUGACAUAAGCUUUUUUUUUUUUUUUAAUAUUUAAUUUGAACCGUGGCUCAAUGACGGCGAUCCCACUCCCCUGAAAUCAAAACAAGACCCAAGUGUAUUUCUCUGUUCCCUUAUUUGUCUCUGUUGUCGUUUCCUUGUCCUUUUUUUUUUUUUUUUAACUCUUUGCUGCUUGCGAGCUCGGCCGCUAGACCAGCGGUUCCCAAACGUCCCCCCACUGCAGACACGCCCACCAGUCAAACCAGUAAAACCUCACAGCACAGCCAUUUGUCUUACACAGAACCUCUAGAAAACUCACAGAUUUCUACCUGCUGCACAUUAUAUCUAUUUCCCCUCCUGGUGGUCCCUGAGGAGGCCCUGCACCUCAGUUUGGGAACCACUGCUCUAGAUCACUUGGGGCCUGUUGCUGUUGUAACUCUGAAUUAAUACAGAAAUAAAAAUAAAUUGUACUUUGAUGUUUAAAGGCUGGGUUUCCAAUAAAGAUCUUAACUCCACUGA